UUUACAUACAAGUUUUGUAAAAACAUUGAUCUAAAUCCAGUCCAGUGUGGUGUGCUAAAAAAGUUGCUUCAUCAUUGUACGAGAGAAAAUCGAGUGUAACAAUUUAGGCUACAAACCAAUCUAGAUUAGAACUUACUGGAUUCUUUUAUUCUGGACUUAAGAAGUCUAUAAAACUGCAACGUUUUAUAUUUGUAUAUUUAGAUUCUAUUAGAAUAAUUAGAUCUAGAUAUUUUUCCAAGCAUACUAAAAUCAUGGGCGAUGUAAAAUCGUUAGUAGAUUCUAAAAUUGCAGGAAAGAAAGUUAUGAUAUUUUCUAAACAAAGCUGCCCUUACUGUACUAAAGCAAAAAAUACCUUUUCCAAGUAUCUUGGAAAUGCUCUGAGCGAGUCUGACUAUGAAGUUCUAGAGAUUGACGAAUUAUCUAACUGCUCAGCUAUACAGGAUUAUCUUCAAAAGCUGACAGGAGCAAGAUCGGUGCCAAGAGUUUUUAUAAAUCAAAAAUUUGUGGGUGGUGGAGAUGAUGUUGUAGCCAAAGACAAAAGUGGAGAGCUAAAAACUUUGUUGGCGGCAUGACUGACUACAAAAAAUCAUCUUUGAUCUAAUCACUGUGUGAAAUUAAGCUCAUUCAAGUCAAAACCACUUUCUUCUAAGUGUUUAUAAACAGUACAUCAUAUAACCACUAAACAAUUUUUUACAUUCAAAUUCACAUUUCUAAUACCCUAAAUGUUAUUAGUUCACUGUUAACUAACUUAUUAAAUUCAUAUUAUAAUAAAUCUUUGAAAUGUACAAUAUUUAUUAAA